AUUUUACCUGAACUGACCCAAUACACUGCAUUUCUGCCCAACAUCCCAGCACAACAGAGCUUGGCUAGAGUGUCAGCUCACGUGCCGAGUGAGAGCUUUUUCUCUCUGUGCCACGAUGGAGAAGGUGAAUGUGAAGGAGAAGCUGCUGUGCCUCAAGGCCGGACUCCUGUUUAUAAUCCUGCUGUUCUGGGUGACGGGGGUGGCGCUGAUCUGCCUCGGGGCAACGGUGCAACUGAGACUGACGGACAUCUCUGUGGUUCUGUCCGAGACGUCCUCCGGGGCCCCUCUGGUUCUCACCGUAACGGGAAUUAUCAUCUUCAUCAUGUCCGGCUUCGGGGCAAUUUCUGUGCUGAAAGAAAAUAAUAUGCUCAUAAAAACUUUUAUAGGGAUAAUGGUGGUGAUCUUUAUCAUUGAAAUUAUUGUAGGGAUAUCUGCCUACUCCUACAGAGAAAAGCUCCAAAGUGACAUUUCCCGGAGGUUCCAGCAGAUUCUCAGUAAAUACGGUAUCGAUGGGCAACUCACCCGGAGCCUGGAUUACGCGCAGCAGGAGUUCCGCUGCUGUGGCGCCCAGAACUUUACCGACUGGAUGAACGUUACCGUCACCCUCUUACCCUCCUCUGUGCCCAAGAGCUGCUGCCGCAAAGUCACCCCGAAAUGUGGGGAGAAGGUGAUGGCGCAUCAGGAUAACAUCUUCCUGGAGGGUUGUGUCAUUAAGAUGAAGAUGUGGAUAUCGCAGCACAUUGAUGUCAUUGGCGCAGUGGGCGUGGGCCUGGGGUUUGUACAGCUCUUCGGGAUCCUCCUGUCCUUCCUGCUGGUGAAGAUCCUGCAGGAGAACUAUGUGUCCCUGUAGCCGGAGGUGGGAGGAGCCGGCCUGGGGGUGUGGCUUGGACUCAAACAUAUUUCAAGUGCCCAAAUAUGGGCGGAGUCACAUUUAUGCUUUAUCCUCUCUCAUUGGGUAAAACAUUAAACACAAUCUGUGUCCAA